AUGGGCUCGGGACGCGUGCCCGGGCUCUGCCUGCUAGUCCUGCUGGUCCACGCCCGCGCCGCCCAGCACAGCAAAGCCGUGCAAGAUGUGGACGAGUGUGUGGAGGGGACUGACAACUGCCACAUCGAUGCGAUCUGCCAGAACACCCCACGGUCGUACAAGUGCAUCUGCAAGUCUGGCUACACAGGGGAUGGUAAACACUGCAAAGAUGUGGAUGAGUGUGAACGGGAGGAUAAUGCAGGUUGUGUGCACGAUUGUGUCAACAUCCCUGGCAAUUACCGAUGCACCUGCUAUGAUGGAUUCCACCUGGCACAUGAUGGACACAACUGUCUGGAUGUGGACGAGUGUGCCGAGGGCAACGGUGGCUGUCAGCAGAGCUGUGUCAACAUGAUGGGCAGUUAUGAGUGCCACUGCCGGGAGGGCUUCUUCCUCAGCGACAACCAGCACACCUGCAUCCAGCGGCCGGAAGAAGGAAUGAAUUGCAUGAACAAGAACCACGGCUGUGCUCACAUUUGCCGGGAGACACCCAAAGGGGGUAUUGCCUGCGAAUGCCGCCCUGGCUUCGAGCUCACCAAGAACCAACGGGACUGUAAAUUGACGUGCAACUAUGGUAAUGGUGGCUGCCAGCACACGUGCGAUGACACAGAGCAGGGUCCCCGGUGCGGCUGCCAUGUCAAGUUUGUGCUCCAUACCGACGGGAAGACGUGCAUCGAGACCUGUGCUGUUAACAACGGGGGCUGCGACAGUAAGUGCCACGAUGCAGCGACGGGCGUCCACUGCAGCUGCCCUGUGGGCUUCAUGCUGCAGCCGGACAGGAAGACCUGCAAAGACAUAGAUGAGUGCCGCUUGAACAAUGGGGGCUGUGACCACAUUUGCCGCAACACAGUGGGCAGCUUCGAAUGCAGCUGCAAGAAGGGCUAUAAGCUUCUCAUCAAUGAGAGGAACUGCCAGGAUAUAGACGAGUGUUCCUUUGAUCGAACCUGUGACCACAUAUGUGUCAACACGCCAGGGAGCUUCCAGUGCCUCUGCCAUCACGGCUACCUACUGUAUGGUGUCACCCACUGUGGGGAUGUGGAUGAGUGCAGUAUCAACAGAGGAGGUUGCCGCUUUGGCUGCAUCAACACUCCUGGCAGCUACCAGUGUACCUGCCCAGCAGGCCAGGGCCGGCUGCACUGGAACGGGAAGGAUUGCACAGAGCCAGUAAAGUGUCACAGUAGUCCUGGUGCCUCGAAAGCCAUGAUCAGCUGCAGUCGGUCUGGGAAGAAGGACACCUGUGCCCUGAGCUGCCCCUCCCGGGCCCGGUUUUUGCCAGAGUCUGAGAAUGGCUUCACCGUGAGCUGUGGCAUCCCCAGCCCCAGGGCUGCUCCAGGCCGAGCUGGCCACACUGGGAACAGCACAAACUCCAACCACUGCCAUGAGGCUGCAGUGCUGACGGUUAAACAGCGGGCUUCCUUCAAGAUCAAAGAUGCCAAAUGCCGUUUGCACCUGAGAAACAAAGGCAAAACGGAGGAGGCCAGCAGAAUCCUGGGGCCAGGUGGUGCCCCCUGCUCUGACUGCCAGGUCACCUUCAUCCACCUCAAGUGUGACUCCUCUCGGAAGGGCAAGGGCCGGCGGGCCCGGACCCCUCCAGGCAAGGAAGUCACUCGGCUCACCCUGGAACUGGAGGCAGAAGUCAGAGCCGAAGAAACCACAGCUGGCUGUGGGCUGCCCUGCCUGCGACAGCGGAUGGAACGGCGGCUGAAAGGGUCUCUGAAGAUGCUUAGAAAGUCCAUCAACCAGGACCGCUUCCUACUGCGCCUGGCAGGCCUUGAUUAUGAGCUGGCCCACAAACCAGGCCCAGUAGCUGGGGAGCGAGCGGAACCAGUGGAGGCCUGUAGGCCCGGGCAGCACCGCUCUGGGGCCAAGUGUGUCAGCUGCCCGCAGGGAACGUAUUACCACGGCCAGACGGAGCAGUGUGUACCAUGCCCGGCGGGCACCUUCCAGGAGAGAGAAGGGCAGCUCUCCUGCGACCUUUGCCCUGGGAGUGAUGCCCACGGGCCUCUUGGAGCCACCAACGUCACCACAUGUGCAGGUCAGUGCUCACCUGGCCAACACUCUGUAGAUGGCUUCAAGCCCUGCCAGCCAUGUCCACGUGGCACCUACCAACCUGAAGCGGGACGGACUCUGUGCUUCCCGUGCGGUGGGAGCCUCACCACCAAGCACGAGGGAGCCGCCUCCUUCCAAGACUGUGACACUAAAGUCCAGUGCUCCCCUGGGCACUACUACAACACCAGCAUCCAUCGCUGUAUCCGCUGUGCCAUGGGCUCCUAUCAGCCCGACUUCCGUCAGAACUUCUGCACCCGCUGUCCAGGAAACACAAGCACUGACUUUGAUGGCUCCACCAGUGUGGCCCAGUGCAAGAAUCGCCAGUGUGGUGGGGAGCUGGGUGAGUUCACUGGCUAUAUCGAGUCUCCCAACUACCCAGGCAACUACCCAGCCGGCGUGGAGUGCAUCUGGAACAUCAACCCCCCACCCAAGCGCAAGAUUCUUAUCGUGGUACCCGAGAUCUUCCUGCCAUCUGAGGACGAGUGUGGGGACGUCCUCGUCAUGAGAAAGAACUCCUCCCCAUCCUCCAUUACCACCUAUGAGACCUGCCAGACGUACGAGCGCCCCAUCGCCUUCACAGCCCGCUCCAGGAAGCUCUGGAUCAACUUCAAGACAAGUGAGGCCAACAGCGCCCGUGGCUUCCAGAUUCCCUAUGUUACCUAUGAUGAGGACUAUGAACAGCUGGUAGAAGACAUUGUGCGCGACGGCCGGCUCUAUGCAUCUGAAAACCACCAGGAGAUUUUAAAGGACAAGAAGCUCAUUAAGGCCUUCUUCGAGGUGCUGGCCCACCCCCAGAACUACUUCAAGUACACAGAGAAGCACAAGGAGAUGCUGCCCAAAUCCUUCAUCAAGCUGCUCCGCUCCAAAGUUUCCAGCUUCCUGAGGCCCUAUAAAUAG